AUGCCAGUACUUUCAAAUAUUAUUUGCAAUCAACCUAAGCCUACAAACCAAGAAGAUCAAUUGAUGUAUCAGUCAGAGGAUAGUGAAUCUUCAAAAGAAGAAUUGUCAUUGAAAAGCUCAACAUAUGUUCAGCCAUCAUUUGAGAAAGAAUUAUCUACAAUGAGGUUGUCUACAUUACAUACCUCUUUUUUACGUUCAGGUGCUUCUUUUAUAGGUACACAACAAUCUGGAAGAGCUUUAUAUGAAGUAUCAGUGGAUUUUCAGUAUGUAGACCCUAAAGAAUCAUUUUUGUGCGGAUAUCUUCAUAUUCAAGGCUUAACCAAAGAUAAUUCAUCUUUGACGACAUAUUUUGAAGGGGAAAUUAUUGGUUCAAAAUAUGGCUUUAUUACCAAGCACCCAGAAUGGGGGUCUACUGAAAAAAUUGAUCUUCAGCAUUGGAUAAGGUUUCAAGCUUUUAGACCAUUUGCAAAAAAUAUUAAAAAGCCGGAAUUCAAAUAUAAAUAUGAAUUGUUUAAAGAUCAUGUUUUUAUGAGAUGGAAAGAAAUGCAUAUAGUUUCUGAUAAUAACAACGAGCCAAUGUCAGAUUAUAGUAUGGCUCUUAAUGGGAUUAGUUAUGCUGGCUUUUAUUAUAUAUGUUUUCAGCAGUCUGUAGGAAGUAUAUCAGGGAUAUAUUACCAUAAAAAUUCUGAGCAAUUUCAACAACUUACUCUUCAACAUGAUGGUAAUAGGACUUUUUCUAUAUUUGAAUUCAGAUAA